ACUUGUUACUACAGAUAUUUCACAGAUGGAUAAAGAGCAAUUAAUCGUGGAUUUGACGAAAGAAAGUCCUAUUGUUCAGCUAGUACAAGAGUAUGAAGAAGAUACAAGCCAGUCAACAGUAACCUUACUGCCCAGUGAUGAUCAAGAAGAAGAAGAAGCAUCGACAUGGUUUGAGCUUGAGACGGAAAAUUACUGCUAUGACAUGGCAACAGUAUGUUGUAUUUCUACCUUUUCAGAAUAUCUGUUUAAAUGGUGCUCAGUUGCAGUAGCCAUGCAUCGGCAGCAUAGUAAAACUGAAGGUAAACAAGCGCAAGGUUACUCUGCUGAUGUUCAGCAGCCACGGGUGGUUCUGACUGAGUCUGUACCUAUGUCAACAGAUGAGCCUGUGCCUGAGCAAUUAGACAGCAAAGUUGAGAAACCGGCUGGAACUACUGUUGCAGUUGACUUGAGCAGCGUGUUCCAUGAGGAGAUUAGUAAUGAAACCACAGAUGCGAUUGAACUGGAACCAAGCCAUCCUCAAACUGUUUCUCAGUCCCUCCUGUUAGAAGUUACUUCUGAAGUUAAGACAUUGCCAGCAACAGACAUGACAUUGGAGUCCCCAAAAGAUGAUGCAGGCCAGGUAGCACCCAGGGUGACUCCCCAGGUGGAUAUAACUGAUACCAGUGCAGAAGCAGAAAAGGCUGAGAGCUCUAUUGCAGAAGAAAACCUUGUAGCUUCUGAGACCAGUGUGGCCACCGAGGAGAUGAGCACAAGAGAGAGUAUUGCUGCUCCAGUGAUUUUAAAGCCGACAGAAACUGUUCUGCAGGCUGAAUAUACAGUGGGUAUAUUAGCUGGUGAUGCUGGGGAUGGAAAGGAAAGCACUCCAGAAGUGCAAAAACCUGUUCUGCCUCCUGUCGAGUUAUCUGCUGAAACAAAGGAGGAUGAUCAGGCGACUGAAGAAGCUUUAAUGGCAAUUCCGGUCUCUGGGGGACCGCAGAGAACAGCUACAGACUUCUAUGCUGAAUUGCAAAAUUCAACGGAUCUAGGCUAUGCGAACGGAAAUCUUAUUCAUGGAUCUAAUCAAAAGGAGUCUGUCUUCAUGCGCCUUAAUAAUCGCAUAAAAGCCCUGGAAGUAAACAUGUCUCUCAGCAGCCGUUAUUUAGAAGAACUUAGUCAGAGGUACCGAAAGCAAAUGGAAGAAAUGCAGAAGGCUUUCAAUAAAACAAUAAUAAAACUUCAGAACACUUCAAGAAUAGCGGAAGAGCAGGACCAGCGGCAAACAGAAGCAAUCCAGGUGUUACAAGCACAGCUCACCAACAUGACGCAGCUAGCUUCCAACCUGUCAGCAACUGUGGCAGAAUUAAAACGUGAGGUUUCUGAUCGACAGACUUACCUUGUGAUUUCUCUCGGCCUCUGCGUUGUUCUGGGCUUGGUGCUUUGUGUGCAGCAGUGCAGAAGCAAUUCUCAGUUCUGUGAAGAUUACCUCUCAAAAAUUCCCAAGAGUAAUCACUACCCUAGCCCCAAAAGGUGUUUUUCCUCCUAUGAUGAUAUGAAUCUGAAGAGAAGAACUUCUCUCCCACUGGUCAGAUCACAGUCUUUUCAGCUAGCUGGUAAAGAAGUGGAUCCAGAGGACCUGUACAUUGUAGAACCCCUGAAGUUUUCCCCAGAGAAGAAGAAAAAGCGUUGCAAAUACAAAAGUGAAAAAAUAGAGACUAUUAAGCCAGCAACAGAGCCUCUGCAUCCAAUAGCCAACGGGGAAAUUAAAGGAAGGAAGCCGUUUACGAAUCAGAGGGACUUCUCUAAUAUCGGGGAAGUUUAUCACUCUUCGUAUAAGGGUCCUCCAUCAGAAGGAAGCUCUGAAACGUCAUCGCAGUCUGAGGAGUCCUAUUUUUGUGGCAUUUCAGCGUGUACGAGUCUGUGCAAUGGACAGACCCAAAAGACAAAAACUGAGAAGAGGGCUGUAAAACGAAGACGGUCUAAAGUUUCAGACCAAGGGAAGCUCAUAAAAACUCUGAUACAGACUAAGUCAGGGUCAAUGCCGAGCCUGCAUGACAUAAUCAAAGGAAACAAAGAUAUAACAGUGGGAACACUUGGUGUCACGACAGUUUCUGGACACAUCUAAAACUAGCUUGUCAGAACAUGAGAGUGUUUGUUCGUUUGAGAACAGUCUGUGGUAUUCUGUGGGAGGAUAGUGGGAGACGAAGAGCUCAAGUAAUUGGAAAGUAUUCAGAAAUUUGGUUUCUGCCUUUUUAAAUAGAUGGGAUUGUGUCAAUCUUGGCUAUAAGCUGCAGCUUUACAAGGCUGAUAAUUUCCUAUGAGAACAGCUUGGGGGGAGGGCGGGAAGGGUUCAUUUUAUAAAGGUUUUUUUUCACAGUUCCUGGGGCAGAGAUUUUUUGAAACCCAGUUUGUUGGGUGGAAUUAGGGAUAAAAGCCUAAUCCUCUUCCUUUAGCUUUGUUCCUAUUUCUUGCACCUUCCCAUAUUUAUGUGCCUUUUGUCUAUUUAUAACGCCACUGGAAGAGGGGAGAUACAAUUGUUUGUCAUUUGAUUUAUUUUGUAAUUUCUCUAGCU